UGAAAACCUGUUACCCCUAAAAACGUAAACAAACCAUAAUUUUUCAUAUUUAGAAGAUAAAAGCUGCAUAUCAUUAAAUUCAAAAGGUGAUAUUGUUGAAACAGAGGGAUGGAUCUGGUGAGUAUAGGGGACUGGCAAUCAAAUCUUAGUAUACCUGAAAGCAACAAAUACAUGCUGCAGAACAAAAUUGGCUGUGAUAUUACUUUUCUUCUGGGAAAGACUAAGGAAGAGGUUCACGCUCACAGAUACAUGCUGGCUAGUCGAAGUAGUGUGUUCUUUGCAAUGCUGUAUGGACCUUUUGAUAAAAGUGACAAAGCCAUUGAAAUUCCAGACAUUGAAAAAGACAUUUUUGAACAAAUUUUAAGGUUUAUGUACUGUGAAGAAAUUUUGAUCACAGAGGACAACGUUACACACAUUCUGUAUGCUGCUCGUAAAUAUGGAAUCUCUAAGGUGACUGUGGAGUGUCGAAAUUUUUUGGAGAAGAACAUAAGUCCAGAAAAUGUUUGUGUCAUUGCAGAAAAUGCACACAUCUUUGAUGAAGAUGAACUCUUCAAAAUGUGCCUUGACUAUAUCACAGUAAAUGCCUAUGAGAGUCUUCAAUCUGAGUCCUUUACCCAACUAUGUAGACAGUGUGUAACUAGGAUCAUUGGAAGAGAUGAUCUUCCAGUGGAUGAAGAUCACAUCUUGGAGUGCAUGUCAAACUGGGCCAAGAGGGAAUGCAGUCGCCAGGGACUAGCAGACACUGAAGAGAACCAGAGGGUUGCCCUUGGUGACCUGUUUUACUUGAUUCGGUUUCCCAUCAUGGAUCUUACAUUUUUUGCUGACAAUGUGGCCAAAACAUGCAAUCUCUUGUCUGAAAAAGAAAAAAUUGACCUGUACACAUACAUGGCAGGAAGCAAAAAAGAAUUAUCAGACACCAAAUUUGUGACGAAUCAAAGAAAACCAUUCUUCAUUACAUGCUCACGAUUAGGAGCUGUGGAGAAAGCAAACAGCGAAAACUUCAGAUGGAGAACGGGGGAAUUGGAGAAGCUAGACUUCCGUGUGUCCAAAAAGAUAGAAAUACAUGGCAUAGAAGUGUAUGGUGGGAGACUAGAAAAGUCUAACCACAAGCUGUCUGCAUGGCUGAGGAAACAUGACACAGACGAAGUGAUUGCUGACUUUCACACAAAGUUGUCCACAACACCUGACAAGAAGACCUACAAGGUCUUCUUCAGAAAGCCUGCAACUGUUCUUGCAAAUAAGAGAUAUUGUAUCCACUUACAAAUGAAAGGGGCUAAGACCUAUUGGAGUGAGGAGGGAGUCACAAAUGUAACUUGCCAUGACAUUGUUUUCAACUUUAUUGACUCGCAGGAAAUGGGUAAUGGCACAGGAGUGAAGCGAGGUCAGAUUCCUGGCAUUAUUUUCACAAGAUACUCAACUAGUCAGGAAAGUUAAAUACCUUCUAAUCACAAAUUUCAUUGGUUUUGAAGUUGUGAUCUAAUAUUGCAGAACAACAGAAUAGCUAGGAUCAGAUUUUGAUCAGAUGUUGGAGAACUUUUUUGAAACUGUAUUAUAGCCUUUUAAUGUCAGUAUAGGUAUAUGAAUAACUUUUGAUACAUACAUUCAAUACAGAUAUUGUAUCAAAUUUUUACAUUCUUGAUGUGGUUUUCUUUUGAUGCCAUUUCAAAAUUUUUUAAAAUGAAAUUUUUAGGUGAAAUAUGAGUCUUUUCUUUUUAAUUAAAUCGUUAAAAGCUGAAUAUCCGAUGUAACAGUACUAGUCUUGUGAGAAUGCAAUAUUGAACAGGAAUGUUUACAAAGUCAUUUACUUUGAAUGCAUUGGGUUACUUUGAAUGCACUGGAUUUUGGUUAAAAAAAAUUAGUAGUAUAAUUUUUUUUAACUUUUUUGAACCCUAAGAUAAAGUUUAGUUAUACAUAUUUUAGUACAUGUAUAUAGAGCCAGUGAUUUAUUUCGUAGUUCAUUCCUUUGGAGUGCCUUAUUUAGUUACCUGUAAACACAAUAAGCAAAACUCCAGCAUAACAUUCAUGCGAGAAAGAGAUUUUACAUAUUAUGAAUAUACUAGUACGUGUAUCUACUAUCUAGAUAAUCAGUUUAUGCAAAACCAAUAGAUGAAUAUGAGUAUGAAGACAAUAUUGUUUAAAUCAUGAUUUUUUAAAUGUAUAGUCACCAAAUAAAAUGUAUAUAAAAGUAGUACUUUACAAACUUUUAAGGUUAUGGGAAUUAGUACUAGUCUAAUUUUGAAUAGAUAAAAUUUUAACUUUAACACAAAAGAUGUUGGAAUUUGUAUUUUAUCACUAGAAUUUACAAGAACAUUUUUAUUAGUACAAAAGUGACAUUAA